AUGAGAGCCUCUAUCAUCCUAGGCAUAGUAGUGUCCCAACUAUCACUUGUAAGAGGCGAGUGUCUCCCUCAAGUGGACUUGGGAUAUGAGAUCCACGAGGCGCUCAAGUAUAACGAUACAACCGGCCUCUAUACCUUUAGCAACAUUCGAUACGCCCAGCCUCCAGUCGGCGAUCUACGCUUCUCUGCUCCAAAGCCACCAACAGGCCGGAAUCUUGUGGUGGAGAAGGGCAAUGGGUCACUUAUCAUGUGCCCUCAAGGGUCUCCAGGCUGGAGCAUCGCGAAUUCGGAUUUUGGGCAUGCGUUUAUAAAUGGGGAUCUGUCCAAUUACAACUACACGGCAGAGCACGCAGCGCAAGAGUUGAUCACCAAGAAGAAUGCGCAAGCUAUCCUGGAGCUUCCCGGGCAGACGGAAGAUUGCCUAUUUCUCGAUGUCGUUGUUCCUCGCGCUGUGUUUGACCGUCGAACGACGACGAAGAAAGCUCCCGUUUUAGUCUGGAUGCAUGGAGGCGGUUACAUCCUUGGAUACAAGAAUAAUAUCGUUGAUGCCACUGACCCGGCUGGCCUGAUCAAUGCAAGCCGAAGCGAUGGCUCAGACGGCUUCGUCUAUGUGUCUUUGAACUACCGGCUUGGGGCUUUUGGUUGGCUGGCUGGACCGUCUCUUGGAGCGGCAAAUGGUACUGCGAAUGCUGGCCUCCAUGAUCAACGUCUUGCUCUUCAGUGGGUGCAGAAGUAUAUUCAUCUCUUUAGGGGAGAUCCAAACAAGGUGACCCUUAGCGGUCUUUCGGCCGGCGGCGGCAGCACUGUUCACCAUAUCACGGCACAUGGUGGUAAAAAAGGACCGCCUCCCUUUGCAAGGGCCUUCAUCAACUCUCCUGGAUACUUUCCUAUCGAUUCCAACUUCCAAGCCGAAAAUAUCACCCAAUAUUUCCUCAAGUUUCUUAAUGCAAGCACAAUCGAGCAAGCUCGCAAACUACCAACCAGGGCACUGAUGGAGGCCAAUGUUGCUCAUAUAUCCAGCGUUGAGACCAAUUUUGCUUAUGGACCCGUGGUUGAUGGAGACUUCGUGCCUGCUCUACCAGGCCUGUUGCUUUCUUCCGGCAGAUUCCACAAGAACGUCGGUUUGUUGCUCAGCCAUACACGCUACGAGGGCGGCGAAUAUUCACAACCUUUUGUACAGACCGAUGAUGAUUUCAUAUCUCUCCUUCGCCAGCUCUACCCAGGCAUUGUGGAUGAAGUGGCCAAUUAUAUAGUCAAAGAUCUCUAUCCUGGGAAAGGUUCAGUGCGGACCCUUGACUUUAUAGGCGAUAACAUUUUUGCGUGCAACACAAACUGGCGGGCCAAGGCAUUUGCCAACCGAACAUACAACAUGCAGUUCAACAUCAGCCCCCCUUUCCAUGCAUAUGAUGAAUCACACAUCUGGAACGGAUACGGAAGACAGAAUUUUGGUACUCCCGUGAUAGAAUCUCUGGCAUCGUUGUGGCAAGGACACAUUACCAAUUUUAUCAAGACUGGCAAUCCGAAUGGCCAUAGCCUACCAUCAUUCCCUCAGCAGGGACCAAAUGCAAGCGCCAACAUCUUGACGUCUGAAGGGAUUAUCACUGCGCAAGAUUCCACUGCCGGAUACAGAUGUGAGUGGCUGCAAAAGGGUCUCUUUACCUAG